AUGGAGAACCAGAGCAGCGUGUCCGAGUUCCUCCUCCUGGGGCUCCCCAUCCGUCCAGAGCAGCAGAGCCUGUUCUUCGCCCUGUUCCUGGGCAUAUACCUGACCACGGUGCUGGGGAACCUGCUCAUCAUGCUGCUCAUCAAACUGGACUCGCACCUCCACACCCCCAUGUACUUCUUCCUCAGCCACUUGGCCUUCAAUGAUGUGUGUCUCUCAUCUGUCACUGUCCCUAAGAUGCUCACCAACAUGCACACUAAUGACAAGUCCAUCUCCUUUGCAGCGUGCAUCUCCCAGACCUAUUUUUUAAUAUGGUUUGGUUGUUUUGACAAUUUCCUUCUUGCAGUGAUGGCCUAUGACAGGUACGUGGCCAUCUGUCAGCCCCUCCACUACACCACCAUCAUGAGGCAGGAGCUGUGUGUCCUCUUAGUAGCUGCAUGUUGGUUCUUCAGCAACCUGCACUCUCUGUUGCACACCCUUCUCUUGGCUGGAGUGUCCUUCUGUGCUGACAAUACCAUACACCACUUCUUCUGUGAUCUCACUACACUCCUUAAGAUGAGCUGCUCAGACAUCUCCAUCAAUGAGUUGGUCAUCUUUUAUGAGGGGGUGGUGAUCGUCCUCUCGCCUUUUGGUGGUAUUGUUGGCUCCUAUAUCCGGAUUUGGACCACUGUCCUGAGAGAACCCUCUGCUAAGAAAUUCUUCAAAGUCCUUUCUACCUGUGGCUCCCACCUCCUCGUUGUGUCUUUGUAUUGUGGGACCAUUGCAGAAGUUUACCUUUUUUCUUCCUCAGACCCCUCCAGUGAUGAAAAGGUAACUGCUUCUUUGAUGUAUAUGGUUGUUACCCCCUUGCUGAACCCCUUCAUCUACAGCCUGAGAAACAGAGACAUGAAACGUGCCCUGGAAACACUUGUGAAUCGGCAGAGACAUGAGAAACAUGAGAUGAAGAACCAGAGUGGCGAGUCUGAGUUCCUCCUCCUGGGGCUCCCCAUCCGUCCAGAGCAGCGGGGCCUGUUCUUCGCCCUGUUCCUGGGCAUGUACCUGACCACGAUGCUCACCAACAUGCACACUAAUGACAAGUCCAUCUCCUUUGCAGCGUGCAUCUCCCAGACCUAUUUUUUAAUAUUGUUUGGUUGUUUCGACAAUUUCCUUCUUGCAGUGAUGGCCUAUGACAGGAUGAGCUGCUCAGACAUCUCCAUCAAUGAGUUGGUCAUCUUUUAUGAGGGAGGGGUGAUCGUCCUCUCACCUUUUGGUGGUGUCGUUGGCUCCUAUAUCCGGAUUUGGACCACUGUCCUGAGAGAACCGUCUGCUAAGAAAUUCUUCAAAGUCCUAUCUACCUGUGGCUCCCACCUCCUCGUUGUGUCUUUAUUCUAUGGGACCAUUUCAGAAGUUUACCUGUUUUCUUCCUCAUCCACCUCCAGUGAUGAAAACAUAACUGCUUCUGUGAUGUAUAUGGUUGUCACCCCCUUGCUGAACCCCUUCAUUUACAGCCUGAGAAACAGAGACAUGAAACGUGCCCUGGAAACACUUGUGAAUCGGGUUAAGUUCCUUACGUCAAAAGACUCAAGAUGA